UCCACUCAGCGAGCAGUGGACUGAAGUUUCCAACUAGAUGCAUGUUCUCUUUGUGUGUCUCUGAAAACGAUCAAGGAUGAGCUGGGCUGGCCUGGGAUUUUGUGGGAAGAAAGGCCAUCUGCUCAAGGGAAUCUGGCUUCCAGGAAGGUGGCCAGACUCAAGGACAUGCCCUGCCCACCAGCCCUGUAAAGUCCCACCUGUUCUGAACAUUGAGGCUACAGCCUUUCCAGACCCUGACUUGUUCCACUUUCUGCCUGUGUUCCACUCUGCCGCCUUCAGAGCUGACGGAAAGCUCUGUCCUCCCUGUUGAGUGACUCAGAGGAAGACAAGAGGAAACUGCCCAGAACCCAGCCGUCAUCCCUCAGACAUUUAAACCACUCUCCAGUGCCUCAGCCCCUUCACUCGCCGAGAAGGAAAGCUUCAAGUUCUUUAUCACUGUACAUGCAUACAGUGGGCAGAGAGCAGAGCCUGGCAACCACCCCGACACUGCCUGUUUCUGUGAUGCUGAAGACACUCUCCUUCCUGUGCGUUACAGAGAAGAUCCGCAUUUCCAGAGCUUUUCAGCUUUGGAAGAUGCUCAUUGAACAUUCUGAAUUAUGGAGAUGUGUACCUGACACCUUACAGGCUUUGCCUGCUUCGUGCUUGGACUGUCUGUGAGUGAAAACCCAGAGAAAGUCACCCAGCAGCUGAGUCAUUGACCAUGCAGCCACCGGAAUCAGUGACAUUUGAGGAUGUAGCUGUAGACUUCACCCAGGACGAGUGGGCUCUGCUGGACACGCCCCAGAGAAAGCUGUACAGAGAUGUGAUGCUGGAGAACAUCAGUCACCUGGUCUCCCUGGGGUGUGGGGUCUGCAGAUCCGAGCUGACUCUCCAGCGGGGGCAAGAAGAGCUGUGGACUGAAGGCGCUGGGACUCUCCCUGGCCGGUGGGCAGGCAGGGAAAGUGCCACUGAAAAACAAGAAAUGAUAACCACACAGCACAGUAUCAGAAAGGACACAUUUAUAAUCCUGCCCCUGCAGACGUCUCACCCUCCAGAGGGCCCCUGUGAAUAUGGUGAUUUGGGAGACUUCACUCAUAGCCCCACAGGGACUCAGCAUCUGUUAACUCUCAUGGAAAAGAAGCCCUGUAUCAGCAAACAGUGUCAAAAAUCCCGCAGUGACCAGUCCUGUCUGAGUCAACAUAAGCAGAUUUGCACCAGAGGCAAAUCGUAUGAGUGUCACCUGUGUGGGAAAACCUUUAGUAAUUGCUCGAGCCUGAGACGACAUGAGAUGACGCACACUGGAGAGAAGCCGUACGAAUGCCACAUCUGUGGGAACGCCUUUAUCCAGAGCUCCGACCUGAGAAAGCACAGCCUCACGCACACCGGAGAGAAGCCGUACGAAUGCCAUCUGUGUGGGAAGGCCUUCAGCCAGUCGUCCAACCUCAGGCAGCACGAGAGGACGCACACUGGCGAGCAGCCCUAUGGGUGUCGUCAGUGCGGGAAAGCCUUCAGUAAGUGCUCCGCCCUUCGGCGCCACGAGAGGACGCACACCGGAGAGAAGCCGUACAGAUGUCCCCUGUGCGGGAAAGCCUUCAGCCAGUGCUCCGCCCUUCGGCGACACGAAGGGACUCACACUGGGGAGGACAUUGUGAAUGCCUUCAGCAGGUGCUCCGCCCUGAGAUGACAUGGCAUUAAGUGCGAUGCAUGUGGAGGAAACCUCAGUCAGCUGAACGUUUGCACACGCCAAGGACCCACCCGUCGGGGGGACCGUCUGGAGUUGAUGGAAGAUCUUGCGGACUCCUCGCUCAUCUGCUGUGUGCAAAGGUAGAUGGGAGAGAAUCCGUUUCUGUGGCAUCUCUGGCGAAACCUCCAGUCAGUGGUCUGACCGUGGGGACACGGGAACUCCCACCGGAAGCCUAGGUGUGCAGAAGUCUGCGGCAGCAGCUCUCUGCCUUGCACCAGAGAAGAGCCCUCGGUCUGCAGCCACUGGGAAUGCUGUCAUCCGUGGUUCCCGGUGAACAGUGAGCAAACCCCACGGGAGAACGCUUGGGUCUGUCAUCGCCGUCCUUGCACCAGAGAAGAGCCCUCGGUCUGCAGCCACUGGGAAUGCUGUCAUCCGUGGUUCCCGGUGAACAGUGAGCAAACCCCGCGGGAGAACGCUUGGGUCUGUCAUCGCCGUGAAGAGACAUUUAGCCACGCUCAGGCACGGUGUGCACCAGAGACUGGUGGAAUAGUCUCUAAAACAGGAUGCAGGGGCCAGAACCUCUUGAGAAUACCAACCAGUUAUCCUUGGGAAGUGAUUUGGUGGAGCUUAUGAGAAGUCCUUUAUUCGCAGAGGAACGCUGUGGCUCGUGGACACUCAGACUGCAGAGCACUCGGUGUCACGAAGGACAGUCUCUGGUGAUCAGCCGUCACGUCAGCUCUGCAGCCCCCACGGAGGAGAGCAGCCGAAACUCACAUGGAGAGACUUCGCUGCAUUUCACAGCAGAAAGCUCGCUGGGGAAAACUAACCUCCAAGAGCGCCUCUACCAAACUGUCCAGGAACGGAGCCAGAAUGCUGAGCAGAACUCUCCACAGGAAAACGUGGCACACAGUGCAAGAUAGCGCGAUCUGGGGACAGGAGAUGCAGGACUUUGUAAGAAAUUAGAUGAAACUUCUUCAGUAGGUCAUUGCUGGUGAAUAGUGAACAGCAGACCCCGUUGCUGAAAACAUCUGCGCUGCAGUCCUGUUCCUUACGUGCUGUGAACCUGCAGACGUGAGUCUGCGCUCCGCGGCUGUGGGUAAGUUCGGCCUGUGUCUCUGAGUCUUUCUUUCUCCCACAGCCGUUUUCACACAGCUCGCCGGCAGCUGUGCCCUGGGGGUGCCAGCAGGGACCUCACCACGCC